GCGUGGCCGUGGUGGUACCCAUACCGGUCAUCUUGAGUAACCACCGGGCGGCCGUACGGUUGGAUUUAGACAAACAUUCGUACUAAGAGAAAUGCGGGAGGCAUCCAGUAUAAAAACACAUCGGGGGCUGACAGUAACCACACUUGUCUCAAAACAAGAACGUUAACCACAAUGGUAGCUAAGUUGUUCAUCUUCGCCGCAGUAGUCGCAGUGGCCCGAGCUGGCUUCCUCCAGCCUGCUGUCGCCCCAGUAGCAUAUGCCGCCCCAGGAUACGCUGCUCCCUUGGCAGCCGCCCCAGCAAUCUUGAAAUCGGCUCCAGUGUACGCUGCACAUGCUGUACCAGUGUCGGCUAAGACUGUCGUCAGCGAAGAGUACGACCCCAACCCGCAGUACCAGUACGGAUAUGAUGUUCAGGAUGCCUUGACCGGUGACAGCAAGAGCCAGAUUGAGUCCAGAAACGGUGAUGUUGUACAAGGAUCGUAUUCCCUGACCGACCCCGAUGGUACCCGCCGUACCGUGGACUACACUGCUGACCCCAUCAACGGAUUCAACGCUGUGGUACGCAAGGAGCCCCUCGCUGGCCCUGCCAUCGUUGCCAAAGCUGCCCCUGUAGUUGCUAAGGUCGCCUCCCCAGUAUCGUACGCUACCCGAGUUGCUAAACUUGCUGCACCAGUCGCCUACGCUGCUCCUGCUGCCCCAGUUGCCUAUGCCGCCCAUGCUGCCCCAGUUGCCUAUGCCACCCAUGCUGGCCCAGUCUCCUAUGCCGCCCAUACUGCCCCAGUGGCGUACGCUGCCCACCCAGCUCCAGUAACCUAUGCUGCCCCAGUCGCCAAGCUGGCUGCGCCUGUGGCAUAUGCCGCCCAUGCUGCCCCAAUUGCGUAUUCUGCCCACCCUGCACCAGCGGCUUACGCUGCCCAUGCUUAUGCUGCUCCUAUUGCCAAAUUCAUCCACUAAUUUAUUGUGAUCUUAUAGCUAAGUUAAUAAAUUUUUGUACAAAUAA